AAAGCAAAAGCCACUCAUCAGACUUAAUUUCUUUCUCUCUACAAAAACAAACAACAAUUUGGAAUUGGAUUUUCCAGGAAAUCGCUUAACAUAACAGUGCUUCUUGAUUUGUCUUAAUCGCACAAGCAGAAAUUCGGAAACAAAAAGGAAAGACAAAAUAAAAAAAUAAGGAGAGUAAGAAAGAUACAUCGAACUUUCUCGGCGUUGUUGUAUUUUGUCCCCAUUUCCUCGCCGUUCUUAUCCUUCUCUGCUUCGGCUUCUCUGUCUAUAUAAAUCGAUUUGGUUGCGUGAGAAAAACAUUUCUGUUCUGCCCCUUUCGUUGUUCUGCUCCUCUCGCCGGUAAAGCACAUAGCGCGGAUCCAUUUCUGCAGAAGCAUGGCCUCACACUCAUUGGGGCAAUCUACAGAAGGGAAAAUGAGGAAUUCUCAAAGGGGGAAGAUGCCACUAAUUGUGGACCUCAACUAUCCAGCUCCUUCUGAGGACACGGUUCUAAAUGCCAGAUGUUCUUGGGACAAUAGUCAACAAGUUCAGGAUGAAAUACAUGGUCGGUCAGAAGCACAAGCUUCAAAUGAUUGUGAGGUUGUCGAUGAUGAAGUGGUCAUAAUUUCCCCAAGGGUAUAUGCUCAAGCCAAGAAUAACUCCAGGAGAAACCUUGAGGUGAGAGAUGGGCCUGCUACAAACACUGAAAGGCAAAAUGGCCAUACAGAUGUGCCACCUCAGUUACCUCUACCUCUACUUCCUCUUCAUUGCCACAAGCGUAGAAGAACUUUACGAAAUCAAGCAGUUUUGAAUUGGGAGCAUCAUUUUAGCUUGGAAGACAAUGACGAAAACAAGAUAAAGGAAGUGUCUAUUCCAGAACUUCCUGAGAACACGCCACCCCCAGAGACACCAUCCUUCAGCUGCCCAAUAUGCUUGGGCCCGUUGAGUGAAGAAACCUCAACAAAGUGUGGUCACAUCUUCUGCAAGAUGUGUAUUGAAGCCUCAAUAAAAGUUCAGCACAAAUGCCCAACUUGUCGUAAAAGGCUUAGAAAGAAAGACACCAUCAGGAUAUACCUGCCCACCAAAUGAUUGCGGGGUGGCUAGGUAUCACAGGGAAAGGGCAGUUUUGGUGAAGCUUGCACAACAUCUAUUGAUUUUCCUGUACCCUAUUAGGUUUGUCAUUUCCUAUGGGUCUUCUUCUUGUAUUGGGGCUGCCUAGUUCUAGAAUUUACAGGUUAACUAGCUCAGGCAUAUGUAAAGUUCAGACACUCUCACAUCUGCGAAAACUGUAGUGCCGGGCUUCGUCGAAAUAGUUCCUUCAUGACCCUAUUUUUUUGGUAUUCGGUUAGCAGACGGCAGGCAGCACUGUACUGAACCAUAAUAGCAAGGAAAUGUGUUGUCGACGCGGUGCUGCUUCUUGCUGUCUCUGUAUUGGAUUAUAAUUGGACACUGCUAUUUUUUCCAUUAUGUUUUGUUU